AAAGAUUAUCUAAUUUGGAGAUUACGCAACUGUAUCGCAGAUAGAGACGGUCUCCUUACGUAACGUGUGAUCAACCAGUCUCGACGGUACUGAAACAAACAACGUUGUGCAAUGUUUAAAAGAGAACUACAUAAGGGCACGGUACGAAUGAGUUUAUCAAAAAAUAUUUUUUAAACUUUUAACUACGCAUAAAUUCAACAGAUAAGUAGCACAUGUAUACGAAUUAAAGGAAUAAUUUGAAAACUAAUGGUUUAAACUAAUUAGACUAUUAGAAUCAUUUACAAUGCCCACGAAAAAUUAUGUUAAUCAGCGUUAUGUUGUGCUGUGAACAUACUGCCGCUGAUGAGCGUUUUUUGGGGGUGUAAUUGUCAAUUGUAAAGGCUACGAGUCCGCCUCCAUAACGCCUUGUAUUGUCUUCACUAGUCUACGUCAUUAGUCGUGUCCCGGAAAACAACAGAAGCGAGCACGUUGCGCUGGGAAAAGAGCGUGUGUGCAGCGCUGACGAGGAAUCGGGAGAAGCACCUACCGUGCCAUUCAAAAUGUAGUGGGUGAUUAUGUCGCUGCUGAUCCAGCAUCAGCUCUGUCUUACAACCCUGGCAACCCUGUAUACCACACCCUCUUCAGUACCAAAUGGGCAGUUAUAGAUUUUGAUGGACACAUUCAAUGACUACUAAAAGUAGAGAGCUGCCCUAGCAACUCCGCUGAAGAGCCAAUCAGGGCCAAGCUGGGGAUGAACGUUCAGUUUUUCUUGAGGGAAGCUGAGCGAUACAGUGGAAUUCUAGCAGAUCCUCUCAAUGGACCCUUGUGGCUCCGAAAAGGAAAUAAAAUAGAUAAAGAAAUAUACUCUUGAGCGCACAUAGUAUUCGUUUGUGUGGUAUGUUAUUGUGGAAUAUUUAAUUAGUUUACAUAAUAAUUAUAUUAAAUAGCUUAACAACCGUUCAGGUUGCUAUAGGCGACACGCAUUGGUGUCGUUAUUCACAUACAAUACGUUGUUCUUCGACAGCAUCAUUUCGCUGGGUUGGAGUCACGCAGGAAACAAUAAAAGAGUGGCAGCCCUGAGACCUCGUAUACAGGGACGCCUGAUAGACUACAAAAAGAUGAUCCAUAAUGGGACAUCGGAGUGACACAACGGCGAAGAUGACCCAUAGGAGCAGCCCCGCAAAGGCGUAUGAUUUUCUUCUGAAAUUUCUGCUAGUGGGGGACAGUGAUGUGGGAAAGGGGGAGAUUUUGGCCAGUUUGCAGGAUGGAUCCAGUGAAUCACCCUAUGGAUACAAUAUGGGGAUCGACUAUAAAACCACCACCAUACUUCUCGAUGGCCGCAGAGUCAAGCUUCAGCUUUGGGACACCUCGGGACAGGGACGCUUCUGCACUAUAUUUCGCUCAUACUCCAGAGGAGCACAGGGUGUUAUCCUUGUAUAUGACAUCACAAAUCGCUGGUCCUUUGAUGGAAUUGACAGAUGGAUUAAAGAGAUUAAUGAGCAUGCACCAGGAGUGCCCAAGAUCCUGGUGGGGAACCGUCUGCACUUGGCUUACAAGCGCCAGGUGACCACUGAGAAUGCACAGGCCUUCGCCGAGCGCCUGGGCGUGACCUUCUUCGAGGUCAGCCCACUAUGUAACUUCAAUAUCACCGAGUCCUUCACCGAGCUGGCUCGCAUUGUUCUAAUGCGCCAUGGCAUGGAGAGACUGUGGAGACCCAACAAAGUGUUGAGCCUGCAGGACCUGUGUUGCCGCUCCAUCGUCUCCUGCACGCCUGUGCACCUGGUGGACAAACUACCCCUUCCUGUUGCCUUAAAGAGCCACCUCAAGUCCUUCUCCAUGGCCAAUGGCCUCAACGCUCGCAUGAUGCACGGACGCUCUUACUCCGUCAUAGCCAGCAGCGCCAAGAAGAGUGGAACGAAAAAGUCCAAACUCAUCUACCCACCACUGAGCCCAUCCCAGAGCUGCACACGCACCAGCUGCAAGAUAUCAUAGUCUGACGGCACCGUCAACACUCGCAGGCCAUGCGCACAGCCACAGUUUACGUCACUAGGCCACACUCGCAGUCAGAAUGGGUUUUCUCACUUCAGUAAAGACACUGCCCAGUGACUCAGAGUCCAUUAUUGUUCCAUUACGUCCAAAGACUUGACCGUGUCCCCUCCAUAGGAUAUCUGAAUGUGGUUGCUCAAAGAGAUUGAACAGGCUAAUGAGAACGGAGAGUGUAGCCAUCAUGUCACCCUCUUUUGCAUAUAUGUACAGAAUAUUUCAUCCUGUAUGUAAAUCAAGAUGAAUUAAAUUGUAAUGGUACUGCAUUUUAGCAUUGAGGACAAAAGAGGUUUUACCAAACUUGGUCCAAACAAUGACGAGGGUACACAAAGCCGUCACAAACUUUUGAAUAUCCUGAUUUUCACAGUGGACCUAGUUCAUAAUACCAGCUUGUUUUCUUACUCUUAUUCUAAUGCUCUUCAGGGUAAAUGUAUUAAGAAAAUAAGCAUCAGUGUUGAUAAUUGCAGCUCUUUGUAUUGUGUAUUUAAGUCAUGUUGUUUGAUACUAUGUUGUUAUUAUUCCUAAUUAUUGUAAUGCACUUGAACAGUGAACAAUAUUGUAAUAUUUUAUAUGGAGUAACACCAAAGACAUGGGAGACUGAAUAAAAAGCUUAUCAGCGCUAACAUGGUUUGUUAUGGAUUCAACACCAAUAUUUCAAAUACACUGCAAAUCAAUAGGAAUCAGUUUUGUUUUGUUUUUUUAAUAAAAGUGUGUUACCAACAAAAGAAUUGUAUUGAUGUUUUUUGGAUAUCAGUGAACAUACCACAGGAGGACAGUACUAUUUUUAAUUUUUCAUAUUCCAUCCAUAUUCCAUCUUCUCAUAUUAAAAGGAAAGUCUAGCCUAUCCUGUGGGUUUUAUUCAUAGACUUUGCACACUGAGGGGAAAAUGUGGAAACAAUAAAGAGUCAUUUGUGCUUGCAGAACAUUAAGUGCAUGGCAAAAGCCAGAGAAAAAACAAAGCCUGUAGCUUCAGUAUGAAUUGUAAUAUUGUAGGUGGCCAUGAGUAAAAUGAAUGUUGAAUGAA